GGCGGAAAUAGAGCAAAAAAUAAAGUGAUAAAAUAUAUUGAGAAAAAUGUGCCUAAGAGGAGUGAAUUUAUUAGAGAAUCAGACGUCUAAUCUUCCGUAUCUUAUUAAUAAUUCUCUUGUUAUUAAUUCGGAGAAAAAAGAGGGAACUUUUUCCCGAAAAAUCCGGGAUUCAAGUGAAUCAGAAGUACUUGAAAGUUGGGAGGAAUUGUUAGACAAACAGAACGAUGAAUCUGAGCCAUCAUUAGAAGGAAAAUCGUUAUCAGAAGGAAAUUUACAAAAGAAAGGAUCAGAAACUUUACAUUCUUUAAACUCGGAAAAUCAACCAACAGUUAUAGCAAAUAUUCUUGAAAUAUCAAAUAUGCCAGCAAAUACAUGUUCAGAUGAUAUUUAUAAAGCUUUUGAUAUUAGUAAAGAUGAGAUGACGAUUAAAUGGAUUAAUGGUACAAAAGCUCGACUUUAUUUUCCAACAGAAGAAAUUGCUAUUAAAACAUAUUUCAAAUAUCUUUCUUCUUCAUCUUCUAUUGGAACAGUAUCACCUUUACCUCCCGAUUAUCGUUCAAUUCAUUCAUCUACAUCAUCUGCUUUUACUUCUCGUACAAAAACACCACUUACAACUUUUCAUAAAAAUACAUUUCUUACAACAUUGGAACCUUCUAAAUAUAUUUUUGAUGAAAGACCUAUUAAAACUACUACCGUUGUAAAACGUUUAAUCACAGGAGUUCUUGGUACACGUUUUUCACAUACACCAAAAGAAAAAGCAUAUGACCAAAUGAUGAUUCGUCAAUUCCUUGAUACUGUUAAAGAAAAUGAGGCAUUUGAACUUCGUAAAAAAGAAAUAUGGGAAAAAAAUUUCUAACACAUUUAAAUAUUAUUCAAUAUAAAUUGAAAAAUUCUAUUCAUU